CCUUGGGACGGUUCAAACCAUUCUCACGUGGCCAUGUCUGAUCUCUGCCGUCUCUGCUCCUCUCCUCUCCGUGGUUCACGCCGCAAGUGGCUGUUUGGUGGCUCUGGCUCCGACUCCCUCCCUGUGCUGUUUUCUCGUGUUUUGGGUUCUCCUGUUACACGUACCCAGUCAGGAUCCUCCCACAGACACAGCAGAGGCAGAGACAAACCAGAAGAUUGUGAAUUUAUCUGCGGCAAGUGCUGUCAUUCGCUCAAUGUGUAUCAUCGAUAUGAUCAGGUAAUGUCUCGAAUGCGCCAUCUUUAUGAGCAACGCUCUGCCCGCCUUCUCAAUGAACGAGAAAAGCUCUCCUAUACCCUUCGCAGAAUCCAUGCCAAGGCUUGGAACCUCCCUCUUCCUGAUUAUCAAGAGUACAUUAAUGAGUGCAAGACCCCUACCUAUGGUUCGUAUUGUGAUCUUCGCUCUUUAGGACGGCAUGGAUCCCGACACGGUUCAAUUUCUCCCGGGUACCAAAAUUUAUGCCCUGAUUCUCCAUUCCCUGAUCAGGAGAGCUCUUUCAAUGGCUCAUUUCGAUCUCUUUCUGGGUCUCAGUCAAAGUCCUACCAACAACUGCUGGACAAGGACCGCUUAUCGUGGGAGCAUGAGAGUUGGUGGGAAGAUAGGGGAGAUACUUGCUUUCGAUGCAUCAAGGGAGACAAGUGUCACUCCUGCUCAUCAUGGAGGGUUCCAGAUGCAAAUUACGAGACGGUAUGCACUGUGCCUCGGCGUAAGAAGCAUAGCAGGGGAGAAGAAGGACGAUGUUGCAGCGCCGGUCUACUACGUAGCAAAUCACUGGGCAGCGUUGGUGGUGGUAGCAGCAGAGGUUCCCUUUUGUCAUUCUCCACGUCCUCGCUAGAGGCUCUGUCUAUAACAGGAGAGGAAGAAGCUGGAGUGUUUUCAGAGCCUCAUUCACCCGUGACAUCACCACCUCCCUCUUCUCUAUCUACUAAGCCUAUGGUGGUGGAGGAGGCAUUAAAGAGCCUGAAGGAGAUAAAGUAUAGCGCCGUGAUGAGUCCACGCCACAGCAGGAUACCUGUGAAGAGAAGGGGACCAUUAGGAUCAGGAUCAGGAGCAGAAGACGGAAGAAGAAAGAUGGAAGAAGAGAGUAGAAUAGAAGUACCGUUGGUUGAAAUAACAGAAGAUUAUGACACGUUCAUGGGAAUUGGAUCCGAGAUCUGCCAGACGCAUGUCAGUCGGAUUCAGGAAACACUGAAGUGGUUACAGACCCAGCCACAGGCUGCCCAUCCCAAUGAGGACACAAAGGGGCAAAAGGACCAGCAGGAUCUAGUUCGGGAACUGAUAAAGAGCUUGCAAUUCAAGGAAGAGGUCCUCGAGGACUGCCUGACCUUGCUGUUGACACUGCCGGUGGCCUCGGACGCCCCUGGUGACACUGUGAUGACCUUCAUUGAGAAGUUAAAUGAGAGAGAACAGGCAUUAAAGAAGGAAUGGAGUGAUUUGGCUGAGAACAAGCAGAAUAGAGACGCUGAAACCAAGCGGCUGCGGCUGGAACUGGCCCAAAGGCAAGAGGACCUGGAACGACUGGCCCGGGUCCUGCGUGAGAACCAAGAUACAAUCACAGCUCUGCGUGAUCACCUGGGAGAGAAGGAGUUCACUAUCCAGCAAUUGGAGGUGGCAUUAGAUUCUGCUGUGCGGUCAGCUGCCUCUCAGGAUGCCCUACGCCUCUCUGCACUGCGGGAAAAAGACGCUCUGAUCUCCUCAAUGCAGGGAGUGCUGAGCAGCAGUAAUCAGGAUGUGGAGGCCCUGGCAGAUUCUCUCCUCUCCCAGGGCUUGGAUGACCUAGGUGGGUCCAUCCCUGGCACCUCAUCCUCUAGCCCGCUCAUCACCCAGCUGCAGGAGAAGGGACGGCUCUUGUCCCAGUCCCAGACCGACAAUCAGAAGCAGAGUGUGCAACAUCAGAAGGACAUCCAGGAUCUUCUCAAUGCUCUGAAUGAAAGCCAGACUCUCCUCCAGGAGCAGCUGCGAUACUGUAAGGGGCGGCUUCAGGCCGGGGAGCUGGAACAGAAGAGGCUGCGUGAGGCUCUGCGCGGGCAGGAGGCAGAGCUCAGGGCGGAGAAGCAGAGACACGCUGCCGACAUGUAUCAAGCUCACACAGAGCUGGUCCAGCUCCAGGGAGCCACCCAAGAGCGAGAUAAGACCACUCAGAAGCUGCUACAGGAAGCUCAGGGCAGAGACCAGAUCAUCAAAAGACUGCAGGAGAGACUGAGCCAAGGCGGGGGCAUGAGGGACACUCUGUGAGGAUUUCCAUUGUCACGCAAUCUUCUCUCUGAUUCCUAUUCCACUGGGAUCAAAUAAAACAAGUUUACAUAUUCAUGGGGCUUUGAUAAUAUUCCCCCCCUCCCCCCCAUGAUACCGAUCUGGAUCUCUGGGAUCAAUGUGCGUUUUAGUGUCAAAUGGCCAUCUAUGCAAGUAUCUUAUUACCAUAACAUACAAUAUUUUAUACACAAUCUGGAACACUGUUUCAUGUUUACGGUAUGUGUCAUUGUAUAGUGGGCUGUAAGUGGAUACAACGUCUAAGGAAUCCGUAUAGAAUUUUAUUUUUAUAUGAGAAUAUUCAUACCCUUGUAUACGAUAAAAAUCACAUCCAUUUUCUUGCAAGUCUCUCAGGUUCCCUACAUAUUCCAUCCUGCAAAGUGCAUUUUCUAUAUUCCCCACUUAAAUUAGAACCAGCCAUUGGGUAACAGAUCUUUAACUUUAGUGUCAGCACAGCCAGCUUAGGGUUACAUCUUUCAUGCAAAUGUUUGUAUUUUAAGACGUUUUAAUAGCUUUUACCGUGUGUGUUCUGUUAUUCUACUGAAUGCAGGUAUGCGACAGGGUUAUGGGACCAAUACAAUGACUUUUAUGUAUAUCAAAUCAAUGCUCUAAAAACCAUGCUUCCCAAUGCAUUGCUAGACACACAGUCCAGGAUUUUCCAAAUCCAUUUUAACAGCGCUAGAGAUCUGUUGUACAAAUUAGACAUCCAACUUCAGAGAGAUGUGUCUGUGCAGGCUCUCCCAUUGAAAUAAACAGCGUGUCUUAGUAGUGUUUGUAUAUAUUGGGUGUUCCACACAGCGAUCCAAACACACAUGCUUAUAGCAUUUCCAUGAAGAUGUAGAUUGGUGAUUUCUAGUCUUGGCACUGCAGCUAUGAGUGAAGUAGCCCUACCUGGCCACUAGCUGGUGGAGCAUUUUGGGAGGUAUAGAUGCUUAAAGAGGAAAUGAUUUUACAUCUAUAAAAUACAGUUCUUGAGCAAAAUUGUAAAAGUGGAGUUUAUGGCAGGAACAUGUAAACUGCUCCAUGUUAAGAGCCUGAAUUGAAAUGUAUCCAGGAUUUUAAUAUAGCCCACGUACACUGCGGUGAAUCUAGGACGUGAUGUAAUCCUCGUUACUAAUAAUUAUGUUACACUCUGACCACUUCAUUGAAGUAUUUAGAUAAUGGGGCAAUGUUUUAUUUGCAUUACAACGAGAAAAUAGCACUUUCAUAUCAUUUUAUUUCUGCUUUUAAAUAAUCAAUCCUGCCUUAAUUAAUUACUACCUUAUAGGGUGAAGGGGCAUAUGCUGGGAAUUUGAUAAUUUACGUACUGCCCAUGGAGAUGGGCACAGCCAGGGUACUGCCAAAUACCCUCUGCUUGUUACUGCCACACGUGCUCAGUAGUACUGCCAAAUACCCUCUGCUUGUUACUGCCACACGUGCUCAGUAGUACUGCCAAAUACCCUCUGCUUGUUACUGCCGCACGUGCUCAGCAGUACUGCCAAAUACCCUCUGCUUGUUACUGCCGCACGUGCUCAGCAGUACUGCCAAAUACCCUCUGCUUGUUACUGCCACACGUGCUCAGCAGUACUGCCACUGUUUAUUAGGGUGUAACCUCAUGAAUUAAUGUUUCUGGGAUUUAAUUAACUAUGCCAAUAAAUAUAGGAAUUUAAUUA